AUGACAAGUGUUUGUUGCGAUAUUUGCGACUCAAAAUUUGACACAAACAAGAAACUUCAGAGUCACAAAAGGAAUGCCCAUAUUGACAAAGUUUUCGUUGGUGAAAGCAAAAUAGUGGUUGAAAAAGUAGCAGAUGGGUUCUGUUGCCCUGUUUGUGACCGCCUAUACAAGUCAACUGUUGGUUUCAGAAAUCAUCUGGCAGUUCACGGUCUUUGCAUUUCACUUCCUGCAGAUCAAAAAAUCAUUCAUCCCAGCAACAGCAGUGGUGGUAACUCAUCUGACGACCUCGUGGAAUCCGGUAAACUGAACGCUCACGACAUUGCUGUCUCUGCAAGUGAACAGUUCGACGGUGCUUCAGCAACAUGUCUCACGCAAUCAACGUUAAAAUCAAAGAAAAGGAAGUGUUUGGACUAUGAAUCCACCAUUUUGGCAACUUGCGAUGCGUUGACUGAAACCGAAGAAACAAAAGUGGACAAGCUGUCUAUCGCCAGACUGGGUCGCUGGACGCCUAUCACUCUCUCGGCACCUGCUCGACAAUAUCACUUCUUAGCUUCUCCAACUACUGCAAGCGCAAUAAUGGAAGAUCCGGAUGCUGGUAUGUGGUAUAUGCCGUUGAGGGUGUCGCACAGCCAUAGCUUUGAAGCAAUAGAUGGUGAUAUACUUGUACAAGCUGCUUUAAUGAAAUCGAAAAUGGGCAAGCAUUUGCUAAGAAACAGUUAUGUGGAGUUUACCAAGGAAGAUGGCGUUUUAUUGAACAAAGAUUGGCUUCUUUAUCCUGAAAUGCGAUACGUAUGCUCUCAAUUGUUGGCUGGUGCUAUCCUUGAAAGCAAUUCCCAGUUCCUUCUUGUCAACACAGUUGAACCCUAUGGCCGAUACGCAUUGGAUGAUGCUCAUCACGAACGUCGGUUCACGCCUGCUUCUUCCACAUUUCCGACCAGUGAAACGCCGUAUGGUUACGUGCACGUGGUUUUGCUGUCAUCGAUGGAAAAUGGCCAAAAUAAACUCCACAUUUCUAGCCGAACCUGCGAUCUUUUGAUAACUUCCAGCUUGCGAAUUGACCAAGUUUCGGUGAAUCUAGGACCUGAGACAAGUCAUUUCACACCCUGCUCUGGUACGCGUAUAUUCUUGGAUAAGAAAUCCCGACAGCAAGCUCUUAAUUUGAUGACAGGCGACCAUUGCUGUGAAUCGCAAACGAUGCCGUUCUUAUACCAGCUCAAGCAAAUUCGAUCCAAAUUUCACCAUCUCUCUACGUAUACCCGCUGUCGAGCGUCAUCGGAUUUUGGUUCAAGGCUUGAAUUUCAACCAUGCACGAUUUGGACUCUCUCGGAUCAAGACUCAACUCAGCACAGUAUGUCUCAAGAGAAGUUGACGUCAAUGGUUUUUCAAAAAAUUGCCACGCAAGUCGUACGUAAUGGUGUCAAAGCUUUGAUCAAGUCGGAUGAUCUGGAAACAAUUAGAUCUCGUGCAACAGGAACUACUGUGGACAACUUCAUCCGGAGGAUACAGGAGCUGGGAAACGAAUUGCAGAUUAUUGGCAACCUUCCUUUGAACAAUAUUCUUACUGAUAUGACAGGACUCAUAACCAGUGGAUUACGAAAAAACAACGAUCGAAAGAUCGAAGCCAUUAUCAAGGAAGCAUACCAGUGUUAGUAAAGAAAAAAUCAUUUAUUUCGAAAUUCAUUGGGUUGUUUGAAAUAAAUUCUCUUUCUCUCUCUCUCUUUUAAAAAAAAAAAUUUCAACCCACCGUCCGAUAAAAUAAAAAUGACCAUGUCUAAUGAAACUAAAAGAAAGUCAAAUAAGUUUCAAUGAUUGUCAUGAAAAAUUUGGUUCACAAGAUCUAUCUCAAAAAUUUCAAAGAAUCCUUUCCUGAUCAUGUUCAUUCCCAAAGCCAAACGUCAUUACAGUAUAAAUAUGACAUUGUGUCAAUUAAACUUUGUAAAUGGAACAAAAAGUAACUUAUUAUCGACUUGAAGGGAAUUGAAACGUUUGCCUUCCAAAAUCAUUAACAAUUUCCAAACAUACUUGCGUAUUAAAUUGUCCUGUUAAAUCCGAUAGAUC